AAAAAUUCAAUAAGAAAAAUUCUUUAGAUAUUUUAUAUUUUGGUCUAAAAUUUCAUACUUUGAAAAUUAAGUCUGCAUUCGUUCAAAUAUUUAGUCACGCACUUUAGACAUUGAAAAACACAAAUUAUACAUCCAAAAUUCAUCCAAGAUAUUUUAUUGAACUGGGAGGAUUUAAAAAAUAGAUUUAAUUAGUAUGCAUUUUGCUUAGUCAAUUGGUAGAAUAAGACCAAAUUCAUUACGAUUGAGUCAAUUAUUGAAGAUAUUUUACGCUAAAGCAAGGCAUCACUCCUUUUGCACUAACAGAAUAUUAAAUAUAAAGUUCGAUUGAACACUAUAAAUAAAGAAAAGAUGUUUGCAAUAAUCAAUCGCAUCUUGGACUGGUUCAAAAGUCUCUUUUGGAAAGAAGAGAUGGAAUUGACUUUAGUUGGUCUGCAAUAUUCUGGAAAAACGACAUUUGUUAACGUCAUUGCAUCAGGUCAAUUUAGCGAGGAUAUGAUUCCAACAGUUGGCUUCAAUAUGCGCAAAAUAACCAAAGGAAAUGUUACAAUAAAAGUAUGGGAUAUAGGAGGUCAGCCGAGGUUCAGAUCAAUGUGGGAACGUUAUUGUCGCGGUGUCAAUGCAAUAGUAUAUAUGGUAGAUGCUGCUGAUUUAGACAAAAUGGAAGCUUCCCGUAACGAACUGCACUCAUUAUUAGAUAAGCCGCAACUGGCAGGCAUUCCGGUUUUGGUCUUAGGAAAUAAACGUGACUUACCAGGUGCAUUGGAUGAAACUGGUUUAAUUGAGCGAAUGAACUUGUCCAGUGUUCAGGAUAGAGAAAUCUGUUGUUAUAGUAUCUCUUGUAAGGAGAAGGCAAAUAUUGACAUUACUCUACAAUGGUUAAUUGCUCACUCCAAAAGUCAAGCGCGCUAAAUUCAUUAUGUAAAUGAAUAGAAUGCAGAAAAUAUCAUAUUUCUUCAUUUCUUUGUUUUCUUAAAGCAUACUAUAUGUUUAUGUAUGUAUUCUUACAUUAAAUGGCUUAAUAUCGCGGGAAAAAAUGAAAUCAGAAUAUUUCAGCCAAAUCAAGUUGCAUUUUUAAGAUUCUCAGAAUGGGCUCGACUUUUUAAAUGCUGUGUAUUUCAUCCCAUAUUUGAAGAAUUGUUUUAAGUUAAAUGAGAAAGAUAUUUUUAAAGUCGGCCAAUAUUAGGCUGAUUUGAAUUAUAAAACAUAUAAAAAGUUAAGGUAUUUAACUUUGUUCAAGACUUUUCUUUGUUCCAAAUUUAAUGAAACAUCAUAUGCAUUUCAUAAUAAACAAUAUCAAAAACAUGAA